UCCAUUUUCACUGCUUAUCGUAAAUUCCAAGUUUCCAACCCGCACCACUCUACCACCGUGAACCGCCGUGCCGCCACUGUUCACGGCCGUUCAGAACCUCGACCCAACAUAGAAGAUGGAGGAUAAUAAUAACAUCGUCGCGCCGUUCGUUAUGAAGACGUAUCAGAUGGUCAACGAUCCUAAGCUAGACGCGCUCAUCGCUUGGGGCAGAGACAAUAACAGCUUCGUCGUCGUCGACCCGCUGGAUUUUUCCCAGAAAAUCUUGCCGGCUUUCUUUAAGCACAGCAAUUUCUCAAGCUUCGUCCGCCAGCUCAACACUUAUGGAUUCAGAAAGGUGGAUCCGGAUAAAUGGGAAUUUGCGAACGAGUGGUUUUUGAGAGGGCAGACGCAUUUAUUGAAGAACAUUGUGAGGAAAAAACACGGCGGCAUAGGCAGGAUAUCUGUACAGCAUAGACAUGAAGAGGGGGAAGAUGAUGAUGAGGAGAUUGUUGCGGAGAUUGAGAGGUUGAAGGAGGAACAGAAAGCACUGGAGAUAGAGCUGCAGAGCAUGAACAAGAGAUUGGAGGCGACGGAGCGGCGGCCGCAGCAAAUGAUGACGUUCUUGGGGAAAUUCGUGGACGACCCGGAGAUUUUGACCCGGAUGAUGCUGGAGAAGGAGAGGGCUAGGAGGCUGAGCUUGAGCAGCGGGGAGAAGAGGAGAAAGCUCGCGAUGACGUCGGAAAGUUCAUCGGUGAAGAGUGAAGAAUUAGAGGAGGAAGUGAUAAUAAGAGGAGGAGGAGGAGGAGGGGCAAUCUCGUCAAUUUCAUCCCCGGACGCGAAUUUCGAUGUGGAUACGUUUUGUCAGUCGUCGCCUGAGCCGCCGUCACCGGCCGCCGUUUGGUUGAGCGGCGGCGGACAACUUGUGGGCGGCGGGUGGCCAAUGAUUCUAAACGUAAACGACCUCGGCAAAAAUAAUUGUGCCGCCAUUUCCACGACGUCCUUGUCGUCGGGGUCCUCCGAGAGCUGCAGCUACACGGUGGCGACGCCGUUGGAUGGUUUACCGAGGGGCACCGGAGAUUCUAGUUGCUACGGCGGCGGCGGCGGAGGAGGAGCAAGUUUAAGUGGUGAGGCUGCUAGUCCUAGUCCACCGCCUCCUUAUCCUUUUUCACUUUUAGGAGGUGGUUUUUAGUUGGGCAUGUCACAAGAUUUAUCUUUGGAGAAUAAAAAACAAUUUUUCUUUUUUUAACUUUAUCGUAACCAAUACAGAUUCAAUUUGGUAAAAUCUAGGAUUGGGUGAAACCCCAUAUGCAUUCUGUAACUCAUUUAUUUUUACUCCCUGUAAAGGUUUUGAGUACAUAUGUAAUAUGUUGAGGAAAAAAAAAGAAGAAGCCCCACAAAAAAAUUAUGUCAAA